UUUCGCAACCGAGUUGCGAAGUAUUCGUUUCCAGAGGAAAUGGCGUGCGCUGCGCCGGAGUGCGGCGCGAGCGGCUUGAGCGUAGCCAAAGAGGAGCUGGCACAGACGUAUGCCAAGGAGGCGGAGGGCUACGAGAAGAUCGUGGAUGAAGAUCUGAAGACAAAGAAGGAGCUCUACCACAAAGUUGUGGCCACAUUCCUGAAAGGUGUCGAUGCAGGUCCGGUGUUGGACGUGUCCUGCGGCCCCGGCCAUGUACUGGAGCGAGUGGCUGCAGUUGAGCCGCGGCCACUGCUGGGCAGCGACAUCUGCCAGGAGAUGCUGGAUUUGGCCUCCAAACGCUUGCCAAGCGCCACCUUCCGGCGCGCCGACAUGACAGAUCUGACGCAGGCCUUUCCGGAGGCUGCCUCCAUAGCAGGCAUCAUGAACAUGUUCGCCGUGCACCACGUGGACGAGGCAGGCCUUCAAAGCGCGCUGGCAGAGGCUCAUCGGCUGCUGAAGGUCCAGGGCUGUCUUAUGGUGGCGUUCUGGGAGGGCGGCCAUGGCGAGCUCAUGGAGCACGUGCCGAAGGCAUGGGACAAGGCAUAUUUGUGGAGCUUUGACGGGAUGAAGGCACUGGCCGACAAAGCUGGGUUCGAUGCGGUGGUGGAGUUUUCAGAAAAGGACGAGGAUUUGGAGAUGAACGCCGGCUUCCUCUACUUCAAGAAGCGAGCGGAAGCGAGCUGAUGCCAUGAGUCAGACGGCCCGAAUGGGUUCCAAAAG